GAUUUGAUUACAGUCACUGCUGUAGUACACACGUAAUUUAGGUAUAUAAAAGUAUUGUCUGCAACUAAUUUAUUUUAAGUAAAAUGGCUAAAGCACCAGCAGUAGGUAUUGAUUUAGGUACAACCUAUUCCUGUGUAGGAGUAUUCCAACACGGCAAAGUUGAAAUAAUUGCCAAUGACCAAGGAAACAGAACCACCCCCUCAUAUGUGGCCUUCACAGACACAGAGCGUCUCAUUGGAGAUGCCGCCAAAAACCAAGUAGCAAUGAACCCCAACAACACAAUUUUUGACGCCAAACGUCUGAUCGGUCGUCGUUUCGAGGACGCCACCGUCCAAUCCGACAUGAAACAUUGGCCCUUCGAGGUGAUCAGCGACGGAGGCAAGCCCAAAAUCAAGGUCGCCUACAAGGGCGAGGACAAGACCUUCUACCCCGAGGAGGUGAGUUCGAUGGUGCUGACCAAGAUGAAGGAAACGGCCGAGGCGUAUUUGGGCAAGAACGUGACCAAUGCCGUUAUCACCGUGCCUGCAUACUUCAACGAUUCCCAAAGGCAGGCCACCAAAGAUGCAGGUACCAUUUCCGGUCUGCAAAUUCUCCGUAUCAUCAACGAACCCACCGCCGCCGCCAUCGCGUACGGUCUGGACAAAAAAGGCCAGGGCGAACGGAACGUGCUCAUCUUCGACUUGGGCGGCGGCACCUUCGACGUGUCCAUCCUCACCAUCGAGGACGGCAUCUUCGAGGUGAAAUCCACCGCUGGAGACACGCAUUUGGGCGGGGAGGACUUCGACAAUCGCAUGGUCAAUCACUUUGUGCAGGAGUUCAAGCGGAAGUACAAGAAGGACUUGACCAGUAACAAGAGGGCGUUGAGGCGGCUGAGAACCAGCUGUGAAAGGGCGAAACGUACCCUCUCCUCGUCGACGCAGGCCAGCAUCGAGAUCGACUCGCUCUUUGAGGGUAUCGAUUUCUACACCUCCAUCACCAGGGCCAGAUUCGAAGAGUUGAACGCCGAUCUGUUCCGUUCGACCAUGGAGCCGGUCGAGAAGUCGAUCCGCGACGCUAAAAUGGACAAAUCUCAAGUGCACGACAUCGUCUUGGUCGGCGGGUCCACGCGUAUCCCCAAGGUCCAAAAACUCCUGCAAGACUUCUUCAACGGCAAAGAGCUGAACAAGUCGAUCAACCCCGACGAAGCGGUGGCAUACGGUGCCGCCGUCCAGGCCGCCAUCUUGCACGGCGACAAGUCCGAGGAGGUGCAGGACCUGUUGCUGCUCGACGUCACGCCAUUGUCGUUGGGUAUCGAGACGGCCGGUGGUGUGAUGACGGCGCUCAUCAAGAGGAAUACCACCAUUCCAACCAAGCAGACGCAGACGUUCACCACGUACUCGGAUAAUCAGCCCGGAGUGCUCAUUCAGGUGUACGAGGGCGAACGUGCCAUGACCAAAGACAACAACCUGCUCGGCAAAUUCGAGCUGACGGGCAUCCCGCCGGCCCCCCGCGGCGUCCCCCAAAUCGAGGUCACCUUCGACAUCGACGCCAACGGCAUCCUCAACGUCACCGCCAUCGAAAAGUCCACCAACAAGGAGAACAAGAUCACCAUCACCAACGACAAGGGCAGACUGAGCAAGGAGGACAUUGAGAGGAUGGUGAACGAUGCGGAGAAGUACAGGAACGAGGACGAGAAGCAGAGGGCGUGUAUCUCGUCGAAGAACGCCUUGGAGUCUUACUGCUUUAAUAUCAAGAGUACCAUGGAGGAUGACAAGAUCAAGGAUAAGAUCAGCGAGAGCGACAAGACCACUGUUAUGGACAAGUGCAAUGAGGUGAUCGCUUGGUUGGACGCUAAUCAACUGGCCGACAAGGAGGAGUACGAGCACAAGCAAAAGGAGCUCGAGAACAUCUGCAACCCGAUCAUCACCAAGCUCUACCAGGGCGCGGGCGGUGCACCAGGAGGCAUGCCCGGAUUCCCAGGCGCUCCAGGGGCCGCUCCGGGAGCCGGGGGCGCUGCUCCCGGUGCUGGAGGCGCCGGACCGACCAUCGAAGAAGUCGAUUAAAGCGUUUUUCAUUGUUCACGUGUUACUUGCAGACAAAGCUUUCAUUCAAUACUUUUUUACUUUUUACUUUUUGUUGUUUCGAUACCAUCAAUGCCGCUGUCGCGGCGAAACUACUACUACUACUACUACUACUACACUACUACUAGUACAAGACCUUUUCGGUUAAUAAAUUUCAAAUCCAACU